UUACCAACCGGAAGUAGUGCAGACAAAACAUGAGAGUUGACCAUAUGCUCUCAGAGAUUUAUCACUUUUCAACAUAUAUUGAAAUUGAAGAACGAAAAAAAUAGGUUCAUAGAUAUUCCAAGUGAUUCUUUAACUGGAUUAAAUUGAAUGAAAUUAUGGAGCCUGACAGUACAGAGAGCUCAAAAUGUGAAGCAGUAAGUUCAGAAAAUGAAAUAGCAGUUCACCACUUUCCUAAUGUUCAAAGUUCACAAAUUUCCAGUUGUGAUGAUAACCCAGGACAGACAGUAGAAAGUAGUACUGAUAUUAACAGGACAAUUAACAUAACAUCCAGUCUGUGUGAUGAGACAAACAGCACGGAAGAGAUGUUACAGGAUGGAAAUGAAAGAUUAAAACAUUUACAUGUACAGAAUGUUGAACAACCAGAAGUAUUAUUGAUAUCGGAAGAUCAACCAGGUAGCUCUAAAGUAGAAGAAGAAAUAUUGAACUCUGUAGAAAACGCAGAUAAUUCUGAAAUAUCGGAAAGUGUUAAAUUAACUGACAAAGAACUAGAGCACGUUGAAGAAAGUGUUCUGAGAAAAUAUACUGGGCUAGAUAUUGAUCUUGCUUCAGAAAACCAGUUGCUCAAAGAAGAUGUUAUUAAAUGUAGAUGUGAGUUAGAAAAAUAUGGCAAAAGACUUGCAGCUAUGGAAAGAAAGUUGGAAAAGGCAAAUAAUUAUAAUGAGGAUCUUAGAACUCAAGUAGAUAAACUUAGUGCUGAACUUCAUGAAUAUCGAAGAGAAAAACACAAAGUGUAUACAAAUUCUGACACACAAACAUCAGCAGAAGAUCUAAUGGAAGUUGACGACACUCUUUAUGAUGUAAAUAUACCUGGCGCCAAACCAGAUGGUGACACAACUUUUGAUUGGAGUGCAGAGCCAGCAGCAGAUGCAGGACAGACACCUACAGAAGGUGACAGUUUGCUGACACAUGGGAUGUCUAUAGCCGACAGUUUAAAGGCCACAGCUGAAGCCGCCAUGAAUAUGACAGGAUUUGUGUAUGAUCAGCAAUCAGGAUUAUAUUAUGACUAUAGCACUGGUUACUAUUACAAUGCUGAAAAAGGUCUUUAUUAUGAUCCAAAGUCUGGGACUUAUUUCUACUUCAACAAAUCAACGGGCAAAUAUGAAUAUCACUCUAAAGUAGAUCUGUCUUACUACACCCCACAACAACAAUUAUAUCCUGAAAGACCACAUGGAUCAUAUCACCAUGGUUACUCAGAUAAACAUCCAGAUCGAUAUUCAGAUCGUUCUCCAGAACAUAGUAAAAGUUCAUCUGGGAAGAAAAAGAAGAAAAAAGAUUCUAAAAGGAGAGAUUCAGACGAUAAAGAGCCUAAAAGAAGGGAUUCUGAUGAAAAGGAACACAAAAAGAAAAAGAGGAAAAAAGACAAAAGCAGGGAUAAUUCUGAGGAUAGUGAUGAUGGAAAGAAAGAGAAAAAGAAAAGAAAAACAUCUACAGAAAAAAAAGAUACAAGUGAAAAAUCAGCAUCUGAGGGAGGUUUAAAACAUGAUAAUGUAGUACUGGGCGAAUUAAACUACAAAAAAUUGAAACAAGGUGACAAAAUGUUCAAUGAUGCAAUGAGGAAACCUAAAAUCUUAAAUGAAAAAAAUGCUGAUGUAAGUAUUUGUGAUGAUGUUCUCAAGGAAGACAAAAGUCGUCCAAAAAUUGGAUUAGUCCAGAAAGGUGGUAAAAAAAUAAAGCUAGUCUUGAAAAAAACAGUAGAGGAAAAAAAGGAUGAAAGUGACACAUCAAAAGAUAUCACUGACCCGGUUGAAAAAAAAGAACAGCAAACAGAUGACAACGAAAAAGAAAGUGACAAAGACAAAAAUAUGGGAAAGGAAGAUAGUGCACAGUUAGAGGAAAAAAAGGAUGAGUCAUCAUCAAAUGACAAAACUAGCAAUGAAAUACAAAACACUGUGGGCACUUCUGAUUCCCAAAAUAUAAGUCAAUACUUGGAUAAACAAAGUGAACUUUCAGGAAAGGGAAAUAAUUCUCAGGAAAUUGAAAAACAGAAUGAAAAUGAUUUAAUUCAAGAAAUUAAUGAUAAUGAGGAAGACCCUACAAACCCUUUUCUUAUUAGUGGCUUAACGACUGAUGAAGACAUGAUCAGUUACAAUAAAGUUAGUAUUGUGAAUAGUGCUGAAAUUCUUCGUAUAUGUUCAGAAUUAAACAAUGAAGACACUGAUGAUGAAAAUGAAUCUGAAAAAGACGAUGAUAAGGAAAAAUCUACUAACAAGGAGACACAACCUGAAACUGAAACAAAUCCAGACAAUAGUGUUUUCAAAGAAUCUGAAACAACAGGAACAAAAUCUGAUAAUGGCGACAAUGUGACCAAUGAAAUGCUUGGUUCAACAGAGACAGUUACAAAAUUACCGGGAGAAGAAGGCGAAUUAUAUAGUGAUGAUGACGAUAUUAUGAUUAUUGAGAAGGUUGAGGAGAAAAUAAUGAUUGAGUUAGAUAGUGACUCGGACGAUGAGAAGGAAAUUAGUGAAAAGAAAUCUGAUAAAGAUUCAUAUGAACUAGAGCCAGGGGAACUUGCAAAUGAAUCAUCUUUAUCUUCUUCUAUGUCAUCAUCCUCAUCUUCAUCCUCAUCAGAAAAUAAAGAGCUACCGCCUCAGCCAAUGUGGACGGAAAUUGUCCGACAGCCAGAACCUGCCUCUGAAGAAUCAUUAUUGAAGAAUGCUGCAUGUAUUAGAGCAAUGGUGACGGCCUCAGACUUACUAGAUGAGGGGAUGUUAUUUGUAGUAACAGUUCAAGGUGGUAUGAUUGGACGAGAGACUAGAAAUGAUCUUGUAAUACCUGUACCUGACAUCAAUGUCAGUAAGGUACAUGCAGAAAUAAGAUAUAAUGCUAAACAACAGUUUUAUGCAAUACAAGAUAAAGGUAGCCAGAAUGGUACUUAUGUCAAUGAAGUCAGAAUAUCAGAGGCCAAACAUGUUAGUAAGUGGGUCCAGUUAAAGCAUGGAGACACAUUACAACUGAGUUGUACAAGAUUUGAUUUACACAUACAUCCUGGAACAGAAACAUGUGAUAAAUGUGAACCAGGUGUGGUGGUUCAAAAGACACUUCCAGUAAUGACAUCAACAACAGAUAGUAAAGACAAGAAGAAGCAACACAGAGAACAACUCAAAAAUAUAAAGAAGAAAUAUGGAUUAACGAAUUCUUCAUACACAGACAACACUGCCGCCAUUAAUAAUCCUGCCUAUCAAGACAAAGCGUCAGAAAGGAGAAGGACAGUAGGAAGUGAUAAUCCUCAUAAACUUGAUGAUAAACCAGCCUCUGUUCAUAGGAGAAUUGAUGGAGACAACAAAGGCCACAAGAUGCUAAAAAAGUUGGGUUGGACAGAGGGUGAAAGUUUGGGUAAAGAUAAUGCAGGAAUUCAGGAUCCAAUCAAUGUUAACAUUCGUGUCGACAAGGCAGCUGGACUAGGUGCUUACGGCACGUCUAACUCAUUAUCCAUUGAAAAUAUUGGUAUUGUUAAUGCCAGAAGAAGAUUUGUGCAGACUCAAAUUAGAUUUUCACUUGGCACACAAGAAAAAAAUAAAGAUAAACAAUUUGACCCCUUAAUGUGGGUUCAAGGUGAAACACAAGACAAUUCUUUAAUAAAUGAAGAGAGUAAUAAAGAUGAAUAAAAUAGAAUUUACAUGUGUUUGUUUAUUGAUUUGUUCAUUGUAUACAUUUUUACUUAUCAUCAUUUUGUUAUAUUAAAGAUAAUCAUGA